UGUUAUUAAAACACUACUGACUGACUGGCUGGCGGAUAACUCAACCAGCAUCCCAACAAAUAUUAAGGUACGAGAGCCUUUUUACCGCAAACAAAAUCAUCGCAUUAGCGAAGGUCCCUAUAAAAGGAUAUGUUUCGGGACAGAACGAUUCCAGUCGGAAGCUGCCGCAAUCAUGGUGCGGCUAAGUUCUGGUGAAAAUUUUAUAGGAUUAUAUUUACUUUUACUCUUGAGUCUGCUUUGAAAAGAUAAAAAUGUAAAUUUUAUAACUUCAAACUUGUUAAAACAAUUAAUUUAAAAGACGCAAAACGGACUGUGUUAUAUCAUCAACGGUAGCUUCUUUCUCUACUGAUCCGCUAAGCAAACAACCGGUGAAAAUCGGACGACUGAAACUGAAAAUGAAGAAUGAAGAAAGUGAACCAAUCAACAAAGCUCCAUCGAAAGUGAUUCGAUUAGUUCAACGGUACUGUGAUCAUGACUUGAGCCGGCUGCGGAGCUUCGAGGGAUUCGUUACGCUGAUGUAUCGGCCCACGGAUUCUGCGGCCCUCGGAGUUUCGCGGGCACUGUUUGGAUUGAUGAUGCUGAUCGAUAUUCCCGAUGAACGAGGUGGGGGCGAGUUGGAUUAUCGGUGGGGUGAUCCUAACGGAUGUAAAUUCCCACUGAUCAAUGGAAUGGAAGUGCCGAGCUAUCCCAGGAUGGGAAUAAUUUAUCUGUCGAUGUGGUUGGGAGCGCUGGGAAUCACACUGGGUUACCGGUUCCGGUACAGCUGUGCACUGUUUGUGGGAACCUAUUGGUACGUGUUUCUGCUGGAUAAAAGUUCCUGGAACAAUCACAGCUACUUGUACGGAUUGCUGGGAACACUUUUCCUGUUCACCAAUGCCAACGCUUAUUUUUCCAUAGACGCCUGGCGGAAUAAGCAACUACAGGGAGAUGUUCCGUUUUGGAAUUAUUUUAUUUUGAAAUAUCAAUUUUUUAUCCUGUACUUUUUGGCAGGACUUAAAAAGAUGUGCCCAGAAUGGCUCGCUGGUUACGCUAUGACGAAUUUGAGCUAUCAUUGGGUAUUCACGCCUUUUAGGUUCACACUCGGACCACAGCUAACAGAUCUGCUGAUUGUUCACUGGUUCGGGUGCAUAUUCGACACCUCGGUAGUAUUUUUUCUGGUUUACGCACCUACCAGAAAACUGGCCACGUUGUUUGCAUGCGCAUUCCAUCUCAUGAACGCAAGAUUAUUUCGCAUAGGAAUGUUUCCGUGGACCUGCCUAACACAACUUCCGCUGUAUUACAGCUUCAGCUGGCCAAGAUUGCUGCUGAAAAAGUUUGCAAUAGAAGCAUCUGCACCUUGUGACACGAAUGUAACGGACUAUGAAAAGCCAACUCGCAAGCGUAAAGGGUUGAUGUCCCUUAUGUUGCUAUACUGUGGCUUCCAAUUGUUUCUUCCCUACUCACAUUUCAUAACCAAGGGCUACAACAAUUGGACUAACGGUCUGUAUGGGUACUCGUGGGAUAUGAUGGUCCAUGCUUGGGAUACCGUUUUGAUAUCGAUUAAGGUAGUAGAUAAUGAACAAAAUCAGCCCUACUAUCUGUUGCCGUACGCAUUCGUAGAUAACGAUCGCUGGACAAAACAUGCAGAUAUGGCAUACCAGUUCGCUCAAUGUAUAGAAAACAAUGUCCAACAAGAGCAGACAGCCAAAUCUGGGAAGAAGGUUAAUAUUUCAAUUCACUUCGACGUUUGGUGCAGCCUAAAUGGACGGUUCCUUCAACGCAUGUUCGAUCCACGAGUAGACAUCUUGAACGCUAAGUGGUCUCCGUUUGCUUCAACGGAGUGGUCGCUACCCCUUCUUCAUCAAUUCACGGAAAUGCGUUCCAUGAUAAGCCACAUGACCAAAGACGUUUAUUCGUGGAGCAAUUCAUCGGACGUGCUUUUCGUUGCUGAUUUUCCUGGUCUUACCAUGGACAACUAUAUUGUUCCCGAAAUGGAUAACAUCACCCUUGCCGUUUUAGAGGGGGCCAUCGAAUACACUCAUUCCAUGGAGAAUCAUUCAACAGUCUUGCAUAAAGGUCAACGUUUGCAAGGAAUUCCACCACACUUUCAUCAACUGAAAACAAUCGGCGAAAAGCCGUCGUCCAUGUUGUAUACAUAUGUGAACACCACCAUGAAAGCACCCGCCCACGAACAACAACAAACUAUAUUACCCUUAUGGCAGGAGUUUAUGCAUAGAUACGACAAAUAUGUCUGGUUCUUUCAACACGUUGGAAACUCGCUGCUAUAUGAAAUUUAUGGUGUGCCCAUGCCACGAAGAGUAAGGGCCACCCCAGACGAGAACACAUGGACUUUCUUUUGAAAUAAAAUUUCUGUGAUCAGUCUUUGAAUGAAA